AUGACCUGUCCUUCCCCAGCCGAUGCUCCUAUCACGCCCUCAAUAGCCUUAAAUGAUGAAACUCUCGAUGAAGAUGAACAUGGAGGAUCCCUGGUCUUCCAGAACCCAUUCACCGAUGAUGGCGGUCCAUUAAGGAAAGUCUCUGUUACUUCGGAAUCUACCACAUACUACAUUCGUCAAAAUGCCUUUCCAGGGCACCGUGACACAUUUGCAAGGCUAGGACAUUCCCAGACUUUUCAAGGCUUUUACGACCCUAAUUCCACUUCACUUUCUUACUCUGCACCACCAAAUCUAUGGCCCAGCACACCCGCUGCGAUUCCGCCGGCUCUUGUUCAGCUGCUGUCCAAAUAUGUGUCAUUUUCUGACUACAAGCUCAUGCGGUUGGUUUGUCGUCAAUGGUGUCAGGAUCUGCCUAAUCCGUGCUUCUCUGCUCUAUACCGCCUCCCUCGUGAGCUAAUACAAGAAACAAUGUCUUAUCUAUCACCAUGCGACUUUGACGCUGCGCGCCAUACUUGUGCGUCGUGGUACUGUGCUGGGCAGCAUGAGAGGCUCCAAAAGAACAUGCUGAAAUUAGGCUUCUGCACGACUGCCUUUGAAGAAGACAUGCGUCUACACUUCUCAAUUCCAGGUGACAAUGCAUGCUCAUCCGAAUUACUGGGCAUCAGCACUCGCAGGCAAUCUGCUGACCUGUCUUGCCUCAAUCAAGAAUGGAUCUGUGGUAAACACCUUGCUACGGAGAGCACGCUGUCGCCAUCCUGGUGUUGUGGCCAACGAGUGACCAGGGAGAGCACGCUGUCGUCAUCUCGGUCUGGCUGGAACCCCGAAUCCCACAAAGCGCCCACUGGCAGAUUAUUCCUCCGUGAAACGAUCGACUUCACCAGACUCCUGAGCUCAAUAACAAAUGGAACGCAGCGAGCCAAAUUUACCGUGUCUGCGUGUGGAAGGUUCGUUCUGGUCAACUCUGGUUGUGAUAUUUCGAUCUUUAAUCUCCACGAUCGAAAGGAUACGCUCAAACCGGUUGUAAGACUGGCUGCUGGUAUCGAGGUCUUGAAAGUCAGUAUGGACACUAGCUCCGAAAGAUAUGCAGUUGCAGCUUUACUUGCAGGUCGCAAGGGCAUGCUGUGGGAGCUCGUUGGUGACAUGACACAAGCUCAUUAUCGAAGUGUCUCUGGAGAGCCGAUCAGUCUCGGUAUGCAGACAGACAUUCAUAGUUCAGCUUCAAGUCCUGAGUCCCGAGAGAUUGCUCUGAACCUGUCCGUGCGAUCUACUGAUUAUCAUGCCGUUGUGGUUUUUCAACGAAUACUGGGACACUCGAACGGUCGCACCGAUUCUCCAUCACCCGUUCUUGUGCCGCAUUCAUAUUCCUGCCAGAAUGAGCAUUUGCGGCAGGCCACUACAGAGCUUCCAGAUUUCAUACUGGGACAUGAAAGCCAUCAUAAUAUGUACAGCAUUCCCAUUCUCGCGAAUGCGACGGCUCUGUACACCAAUCUUGGCAGUGCGGAUGAUGAGCCAAGAAGCGUGGCGAUAUGCCCCAAUCGCAAAUGUGCUGCAUACGGGUGUCGAAUGGGUAUCGAACUUCAUUGGGUUGAUGCAUCAACAGGAGGAGACCUCAGUCGAUGGUUUCCUUUGGCUGCACCCAGCGAUUAUCUCUAUUUCCUGCCUACACGAGAUAACAUUGAUCUUCGAAAGAAACUAAGGCUUAUCUCAAGUGCAGCUGGUCCAAACAUGACUAUGUUGACCAGGAGAGAGAGCAACCCGGACAACUUGGAAUUCCGAUCAAUAUCUACAAAUCCCCAUCAGAGCAUGACAAGAUUACUUUUCAGCAAUCUCCCAUUUUCAGCAGCCGCCGUCUCAGCUGGUGAAUGGUCGAAUCCUCAAACCACCACCCAAAGACAGAAUAACCUUGUUGAAGGUGUGCUACGUACAGUCGACUGUGACCAUCAUGGUGCAGUCCCAAUCAGCGAUGGAGUGCACCUGCUCUUCACUGACCCGGUGACAAAUUUGCUCUGUUUGGGUGCAGAUGCACCACUUGGUUGGCCGACGAAGCUUUUACGCAAAAUUGUUUUCAUUCCUCCUCAUAUGGAUGCUAAGAACAAGAAUGGACUUGUGCCUUGGAGAUAUACUGCGGGCCAAGAGCUCAGGUGGGGUGUGCGCGUUGUACUGGCCUUUCACGAUGGAACUAUUGUGCUUUACAAUGUGCCACGAGAUCUUUUUGAACGUCUUCAGAAGUCCCAGAAUUCAUCCGAUGCCUGGAUCGAGAAUCAAGGUGUGAUUGGGCAAAGUGAUCUGCUUAUGGACUCUCUUAUGGAUUCUCAAGGUCCUAUCUCGAUUCCUUCAAUUAAUGGUGACGGAUUAUCCUCCAAAGUUGUACAGAUAACUGGUGCCGAAUUGGUACGCGUGGAGGAUGAUACCAUUGAUGACUUGGCUGUUGACACCAGCUUUGGGGGAUUCUCCAUGUGGAUCUUCUGCAGAAGUGGAAUGGCAAGAUUAUACAACAUUCAUGACUCGAAGAAUGGUCGAGUCAGAUCUCGAUACAUUGGUGAAAAUGGUCUCAUCUACCAGUGUACAGCGAGGAGGAAGAAGAUCGAAGGCAGUCCCGAAGGUUGCCGUGGGAUCGAAAAGGACCACGCCAAACCUCAUGUUACCUGGGCCUGA